GGAGGAAGGUUGUGUUCUCGCGAGAACUCCGCCUUUUAGUCUGUUGGCUUGGGAAGGUCUGCGUCUCAGUCCUGACGGGGCCUCCGGAAUUGCCAGGCACUGCGCUCGGAGCUGGAACAAUGGACAGAAUGAGUAUCUCACAGGACCAGAGUGGCAGCUCCAGUUAUCAAGAACCGCUUUUGAGGUGUUGUGAUGCACGGAGGGACUUGGAACUUGCCAUUAGUGGAGUUCUACGGGCUGAACAGCAAAUUAAAGAUAACUUACGAGAGGUCAAAGCUCAAAUUCACAGUUGCAUAAGCCGCCAUCUGGAAUGCCUCAGAAGUCGUGAGGUAUGGCUGUAUGAGCAGGUAGACCUUAUUUAUCAGCUUAAAGAGGAGACACUUCAGCAGCAAGCCCAACAGCUUUACUGGCUGUUGGGACAGUUCAAUUGUCUUAUUCAUCAACUGGAGUGCUCCCAAAACAAAGAUCUAGCCAGUCAAGUCUCUGUGUGCCUGGAGAGACUGUCCAGUUUGACCCUCAAACCUGAAGAUUCAACUGUCUUACUCUUUGAAGCAGAUACAACUGCUCUGCGCCAGACUAUCACUGCAUUUGGAUCCCUCAAGACUAUGCAAAUUCCUGAGCACCUGGUGGCUCAUGCUAAUUUAUCAAAUAUUGGACCUUUCCUAGAGAAAAGAGGCAGUAGCGCACUACCUGAACAGCAGAAAUCAGCCUCCAGUGCUACAGCUGUCCCUCUCAGUGAAUGGCUCCUUGGAAGUAAACCUGUCAAUGGUCAUCAGGCUCCUUAUGUACCUAGCACCAACCUCCAGGACUGGCUCAUUCAAAAGCAGACCUUGGAGAAUAGUCAGCCUUCUUCCAAAGGCCAUCAUUUCUUCAGUAAUGUUUGGGGCAACCUAAAAGGCUUGGAAAACUGGCUCCUCAAUAGUCAGCAGCAAGAAGUUUUUGAAAAACCAAGUUCUCAAAAGUGUAGCAGCUAUUCUGCCACCAGUUCUAAGGCUACCGAAAUUGAAAAGGUUGAAGAUGAAGAGCUUGUUGACGAAGAUGAGAUGGAUCUUUCCAGUUGGCUGUUGACACCCCAGGAACCCCGCAAGCUGGAGAAGCCUGGUAAUGGCAGCUAUGAAACUCCUGAGAAGUUUAAGUCCUUGUUCCAGGUGUUUCAGGAGCCCUAUAAUGUGAGUGAUUGGCUUGUCAAAUCAGAUUCCUGUACCAAUUGUCAGGGCAACCAGCCCAAAGGUGUGGAGAUAGAAAACCUUGGCAAUCUGAAGUGCCUGAAUGACCACUUGGAGGCAAAGAAACCUUCAUCCACUCCUAAUUUGAUUAACGAGACUUGGCUCGUCCAGAACCAGCAGGACCCAUGUAAAGUAGAGGAGGUUUGCAAAGCCAAUGAGCCCUGUACAAGCUUUGCAGAAUGUGUGUGUGAUGAAAACUGUGAGAAGGAAGCUUUGUGUAAAUGGCUUCUGAAGAAAGAAGGAAAGGAUAAAAAUGGUAUGCCUGUAGAACAGAAAGCUGAGCCUGAGAAAUGUAAAGAUUCCCUGAAAAUGUGGCUUUGUCCUUCCAGAAAAGAGGCAACAGAACAAGCACCUAGAAUUGGUGAUACUUUGCAAGCCAUAAAGAACAGCCCCUUGUCAGAGUGGCUUAUCAGACCAUCAUGCAAAGUUGGACAUGCCAAGGAAGUGGCUAAUACUGAGGACAAAGCUGGCAGACAAAAGCUUAUGAACCCCAUGGCCACGUCCUUGUGUCCCUUCAACACAGCCGACUGGGUCUUGCCAGGAAAGAAGACAGGAAACUUUAGCCAGUUAUCUUCAGGAGAAGAUAAGUGGCUACUUCGAAAAAAGGCCAAGGAAGUAUUUCUCAACUCACCCCUCCAUGAAGAGCAUAAAUUUUCCCCAGACCAUUAUGCCCUUCCAGCAGUUUGUGAUCUUUUUUCCUGUAUGAAGCUUAAAAUUAACAAAGAAGAAUGGUUGUAUCGGACUCCUCUACAGAUGUGAAGAAAUGUUAAUACUAAAAUCAAGCAACUUUAAAGAAUCACACAUCCAUGAGCUGAGCGACUGGCUUACCAAAUCAUUGUUUCAGCUUAGUUCUUUCCUGCUUAAAUUUUGAACUAGUGAAGAGAAAUGUUAUCAAAUUAUGAGUUGCUAUGUAAAAGAAAAGGCUAUUUGUUGAUACUGAGAUGAUUCAGUUUUCUUACAGAAUGAAUAUUAAUUCACGCUUAAACUAGACACCAUCUUGGUGGAUAUAUCUUUUUUCAUAAACCUCCAUGGCUCCUAAGAUUGGGUCAUUAAAACACUGGUUUUUAAAAUGAAAUAGUUCUGUCAUCAAGGUGUGUUGAUAUAUUCAAAAGCUAGUAAACUUCCCUUAACCUUUUGAUUAUGCGUCCCCUUGCUGUGGGUGUUCAAUUAGUGUUAGGAAUGAGUUUUUUUGCUUACUUAAUACAUAACACAUUUCAUACAAAUAAUUAUCUUUGCCAAUAAAAUGUGUAUUAACAAUCUUGGCAAGUUUGAUAUAAUUGCAAAACAUUAGCGCCUCCAUGUUAGAUUCUAUAUUAUUUUCUUCUUUUCAAAGAAUUCCAGCUACUACAUACUUUUCUUCCACCUAAAUUCCUUUAUAAAGUCUCUUAACUCUUCUAGGAAGGGCUUCAUGUGCUCAAGACUUAUGUGCAGGGUAGUCCUAAGCCUCUUUCAAAAUAUUCUGAAGGCAAAGUAGACCCAGUUGUCAACUAGUCAGCAAAGGCAAGACAGACUAUAAAUGUACUUGAAAUAGUCAACAGACUAGGGAGUUUUGGUUCAUCCUGUGUAAAUGGAAUUUGAGUUUGACACCUGGUGCUUUUAACUAGGAAUAUAGCAUACCUAUACCUCUAAGUGUAUAAUGCAGUGAUAUUUUGGUAAACAGGCCAUUUAGAACACUUGUGCCUUGGGAUGUUUAUUGAAACUAUGACAACUGUUGGUGUUUUCUCAAGAUCCAUAACAUCAUGCUCAUACUUUAGUUUCUCUGUAGGAGAGCAAUGAAUUUAGAUUGUUUUUCAAGUUCAGUAUAGCCUACUGUUCUAUAGGCUUUUAACUUAAAUCAUUGUGUAGUACUCCUGGAAAUUUUUUUAGUUUAUAUAGUCAUCUAGAAAGCACCUUUGAGAAAAUUUGGAGAAAGCUUAUAGUGUCCUCACUACACAGCUUCAUUAGAAUUCUUGAGCCACAUCUAAUACACAGAGCCUUUUUUUUUUUUUCAUCACCCCUACACUAUUUAGAAUUUUAAUUUAAAAGGCACUUUGUAAAAUGAGAAUUAAACUUUCAGUGGCAAUCACUAGUCAGUCACAUAAAGCUGAUCCCUAAAACUUAAUGUUGUAAACCAAGGUAACCUCAAACAAAAGAUAAGGAGCCUUCCCAUUAUCUUAGGUUGCUGGAGGCUUUGUAGUUUUUUUUGAGGUUUUUAAGUAUAUUCUUAAAUUUAUUAAUCACUAUGUGCUAAUAAGUAUGCAGACAUUCUUUUGCACUAAUGCAUUUUGUACUUUCCUUCAUUAAAAGCAUAAACAGCCAUAA